UAAGGCGCGUAGUUUUGUUUAUAUAUAUAGAUAUCUAUUUAUAGUUGGUUGGUUUGAUGAUUAUAAAAAAGCAGCAAUAGCAGAUAUGCAUGUUUAUUUAUGGUUUAUGCAAAAUCCAAAAAGGCACGCAAAAGCAGUUCAUGUUUAUCCUUUAUAGUUAUACUACUGCGGCUGCGGGAUGUGCCUAUAUAAUAUUACGCCUCUUCUUCAACGCCAUGAUUCCAUAAUUAAGCUAAAUUGAUUGAUAAUGUGUAUUGCUGCGUUUCUUUGGCGAGCUCACCCUCUGUACCCUCUCCUUCUCUUGCAAAACAGAGAUGAAUAUCACCACAGGCCAACGGAGCCCCUGGCGUGGUGGGGCGGAUGCGACGUAUUAGGCGGAAGAGAUGCGGUGGCAGGAGGAACAUGGUUGGGAUGUUCAAGAGCAGGCCGGGUUGCCUUUCUUACAAAUGUUUUGGAGCUUCAUGCCCUACCUGAAGCUAAGAGCCGAGGGCAACUUCCUGUCCUUUUCCUCGAGAGCCUAAAGACUCCCAAGGAAUUUGCAGACAUGCUGGUGAAAGAGGCUCACAUGUACAAUGGAUUUAACCUCAUAUUGGCAGACUUAUCAACCAAAACUAUGCUCUAUAUCUCCAACAGGCCCAAAGGUGAACCUAUUGUCGUUCAAGAGGUUCCUCCGGGAAUUCAUGUGCUCUCAAAUGCAAACCUCAACUCGCCCUGGCCGAAGGUGAACCGCUUGAAACUGAAUUUCAAACAGCAGCUCGAAAAAUAUGGUGACGAUGAAAUACCUGUUGAAGAGUUGCUUGAAAAUCUAAUGAGAGACACUGUUAGAGCUGAGAUAAAUAGGUUGCCUGGAAUUUGCUCUCGUGACUGGGAAUACAAUUUAAGUUCCAUAUUCGUUGAAGUUGACACCCCACUGGGUUGUUACGGCACAAGAAGCAGUAUCGGGUUGACUGUAAGAGCAAACGGAGAAGUAAGCUUGUAUGAAACAUAUCUUGAAGACGAUAUCUGGAAGAACAAGACUGAAUUAUCGCAUUUCAAAAGCAAAAAUUCACUGAAGUGAUUACCAGUGCCUAAAUAAGGAAAUUCAUCUAUUUAUAAUAUACAUGCAUUUUCAUGCUUAGUUUGAUUUAUUUAGUCAAUGAGGUUGGUAAAUCAUUUGUGCAAUAUAAUAUUUGCAUCAACUAGGCAAAUCUAUCAAUGGAGUAUCAACAUUAAUAUGACUCUAUAUUAUGCGCCCAUCACUU